AUGCUCUUCACCAUCAUCCUCGGCCUUGCAGUCAUCGCGCUGCUCGCCGCCGCCAUGACUGAUGUUCGGGGCCUGUUCCGCGUGGUCCUGUUUGGGUCGGGCAACGGCGCGUCGAGUAGCGCCGCGGGCUAUGACCCUGCCCGUGAUAUUCAAUCAUUGGCCGGCAAGGUCGUCCUGAUCACGGGGGCGGCGGGUUUCCUCGGCCGCCAGACAGCAGCCAAGGAAGCCUUGGCCCAGCAGAUAGUCCAGGAGGCCUACGGAGAUCACGGCGAAGCUGCCAAGCCUCGCACCGAGAUUUGUUUUGUGGACUUGGACCUCUCGUCGUUGGAUGCCGUCCGCGAAUGCGCGGCCAACUUCGUUACCCGAGAAAAGCGGCUAGACAUUCUGUUUUUGAAUGCAGGUAUUAUCCGCGUCUCGGCUGCGACCACUAAGGAAGGCUACGAGGCUCAUUUUGGUAUUAACUAUCUCGGCCACGCGCUUCUUGCUAGGCUGCUAACACCCGAGGGACAGCUGAUGGCACCGACGAAUGGCAUUGACUUUGAUUCUCUCAAGAGUGAUGGUGCCAACAUGCACUACGCAAAACGGUACGGACAGAGUAAGGUGGCCCUGAUCGGCUUGACGAAGGAGCUUUCUCGCGAGUGUCCCCAAGUCAGAGUCGCUGCGGUUCAUCCUGGGAGGAUAUUGACGGGCAUGGCUGAGUCGCUGCGGAAUGAGAGUCUCUUGACUCGUCUGACUUUUCCUAUUGCACCAUUGUUCUGCGUCCCUGUAACCGUUGGGGUCAGGAACCACUUGUGGGCCGCCACGAGUACGGAUGUAGUCACUGGCACGUACUACGAGCCUUUGGGAGUCCCUGGAAAGCUAUCCUCUCACGCAAAGGACGAGGAUCUUUUCAAGAGGUUUCACGAGUGGACCGACGACACCUUAAGUAUAAUCAAGCCCCUUCAGUAA